CCGGCACCCGGGGUCGGGCGCAGCGCGGCGCCGGGCGAGCCCAGGGCUGAAUUCCACAAUGUUGAGGGGAGUCACUCAUGGUGCAAAAGAUACAUUUACUGUUCUGUUGACAAGAUCCCAGUACUGUAACCUGGGAUUCAACUUUUCAUCAGUAUGGACUGAAGUGGCAAACAGAAGCUUCCCAGUACAUUCCAGUUACACAACUGAUACAAAAUCAAGAGAGGAAAAUAAAAAAACCAUUGAGAGUCUCUACAGGUUGUCAGUUGACAUCAAGAAAAUACGCAGACUAAAGGAAUGGGUCCUUCUCCAGGAUGUGGCCUAUGUUAAAGAAACUGCUGGUAUCUUGCAGGAAAUGGGAGCGGACGAGGCGGCUGUAGCCAACAUUUUGGAACGCUGUCCAGAGGCAAUUCUCCAUACCCCCGCAGAGAUAAACUCUCAAAGAGCUCUAUGGCAAUUAGUAUGCCAGAAUGAAAAACAGGUGAUUAAGUUAAUAGAGCAAUUUCCAGAGUCUUUUUUUACUACUAAAUAUCAUGAGAACCAGAAGGCAAAUAUACUGUUUUUUCAAGAGUUGGGACUUAAGAAUAAUAUAAUCACCAGGUUCUUGACAAGUGCACCCAAUAUUUUCUAUAACCCUGUUGAAAAAACCAAAAACGUGAUAGAGACUUUACAAAGAAAUUAUUUAAGCUUAGGAGGUUCUGAUGCAAAUAUGAAGAUCUGGAUACUGAAGCUAUUGAGCCAAAAUCCAUUUAUUUUAUUAAAUACCUCCACCUCCAUCCAAGAGAGCUUGGAGUUUCUCCAGAAGAAUGACUUCACUGACCAUGAAGUUCUACAGCUGCUGUCCAAACUUAAAGGUUUUAUUUUUCAACUUACUCCUACUACUAUGCAGAAGAGUAUGCUUUUUUCCAGAAAUGUCUUUAAGUGCAGUGAUCAAGAAUUGAAACAGCUAGUGUUGAAAUGCCCAGCCCUUCUCUACUAUUCUGUUCCAGUUUUGGAAGAAAGACUUGAAGGACUCCUGAAGGAAGGCAUUUCCAUAGAACAGAUUAGAGAGACACCGAUGGUGCUGGAGUUGACAACACAAAUUGUUCAGUACCGAAUUAAAAAACUCUCUGCUUUGGGAUAUGACAUAAAGAGUGGAACUCUAGAAAGCUUGAGUGGUACUAAGAAAGAUUUUGAGGUCAGUUAUGGUAAGAUACAAUCAAAGGAGGAGAGACCAAUUUUUAAUCCUGUUGCUCCUAUAAACAUUGAAGAUUAAUUUGAAUGUUGUCCUUUAAAAGAAAAUCAAAGAGAAAGACAUGUUGUUUCUUUGAGAAGACCCAACCCAAAAGUAAUCUUAACCAGACUGUAGUCCUAUACUGUACCACAUCCUGGAGUGUGUCUUGGGCAUAACUUGAUUAUACAAUUGUACCUUUCUAAUGCUUUCAAAUAAUAUCCUAGGACCUGGUUAUGACAGAAGUUGCUUUUUUUUCCCUAGGGUGUUUUUUUGGUUCUGUUACAUUUUCUUACCUAACAGGACAUUAACUGCUUUGGAUUUUAAGCUCUGUCACUGCACAGUCCACCCUGUGGUUGUGAUUAGUGCAAUCUUUAUCUGAAAAAGAUAAAAGGAGGGUUAUUUUUCCAGCUGUGUUCAUCAGCCACUGGUUCACUGACUUUUGGAAACUCUUUUGGAGUUCCUUUCCUUAUUGCUGAGAUAAGUAGCUCUAUUUCCCAGAUCCAGAACUGCAGCAGACUACUUCUUGGAAAUGAGAACCUAGCUAUACAGCACAGUCUGAGAACAGGGGCAGGACGUAGUAUUUUUUUCUUUAGUGACUGUUACAGUGAAGCCCUAGUACAUUUGUAUACAAACCACAAAGCCAAGAAACUGCAAGACAACCUUUACAUUCCUGAGACUUCAAAACUUGCCCUUUUUGCAAAAGGUUUGGGACAGGAGGAUGCACAUUUAUUGCUUUUUUCUAGUUCUUUAUGCUUUUCUAACAAGGCUCAGUGAGAGAAAAAUUUAGACUCAGGCACUUUACUUGCAACAGCAGAUCCUACAGCUGUAACACCUCCAGCCACAGCAGAAACACUUCCUUUGACCAGGCCCACUCCCACUGAAGGCACAGAUGUGACUGCUGUUUUGGUAAUUUCCAAGCUCUUCCCUCCGAUCCAAGCAACACCCCCGAUCGUGGCACCAACAGCUCCCUUUGUGACACUGAAGAGGCCACCAGUCACACGAGAUAGCAUGCCAGGCUGCUGCUGCGGGUGGUCUUUUAAUGAACCUAUGGGAGGAAACAAGAAGCCAAUCAAUCAGUGCUAUGAUUAAAGCAUUUUCAAAAGAAAA